AGUUAGAGAGCUCCAGGGAUCUGAGGUGAUGUGUUCCUGCAAGGAUCACACAAAGACCCUUUCCCAGCCCUGUGACUCACUCAAUCCAAAGGUCCAGGUGGAAGCCAUUGAAGGAGGAGCUCUGCAGAAGCUGCUGGUCAUCCUGGCCACAGAGCAGCCUCUCCCCGCCAAGAAGAAGGUCCUGUUUGCACUGUGCUCUUUACUUCGCCACUUCCCCUACGCCCAGCAGCAGUUCCUGAAGCUCGGGGGGCUGCAGGUCCUCAGGAGCCUGGUGCAGGAGAAGAGUGCGAAGGUACUGGCCGUGCGAGUGGUCACCUUGCUCUAUGACCUGGUCACCGAGAAGAUGUUUGCUGAGGAGGAGGCCGAGCUGACCCAGGAUUCCUCCCCAGAGAAGCUGCAGCAGUACCGGCAGGUGCAGCUUCUGCCCGGCCUGCGGGAACAGGGCUGGUGUGAGAUCACAGCCCAGCUCCUGGCCCUUCCAGAGCACGAUGCUCGGGAGAAGGUGCUGCAGACGCUGGGCGCCCUCCUCACCACCUGCCGGGACCGCUACCGUCAAGACCUGGAGCUGAGCCGGACACUGGGCAGUCUCCAGGCAGAGUACCAAGCCCUGGCCUCCCUGGAGCUCCAAGAAGGUGAAGAUGACGGCUACUUCCGGGAACUGCUGGCCUCCAUCGACAGCUUGGUGAAGGAGCUAAGAUGAGGCUGCCACGCUGAGACAGGACUGGAUGGAUGCUGCUAGUGAGAGCUCUGGUGGGCUCUUCAGGGGACAGCAGCCAGGAGGAGGACUUCCCUACUGGGGCAUGAGCUUUUUCUGGGCAGAGCUGGCUGGGUCAUUAAACAGAGACAUGUAGACUGUG